UUUGGGUUGGGCUAAAAAUGACCCUGCCGCAGCCUCGCGAUGAGAUCACAAAGUUGUCUGAUGUACCUCCGUUAGGUACCGGGACAACAGAGAUACCUGCCUCCUCCUAGGUCAGGUACCUACCCAGACCUACAGGUGGGAGUACCACUCAACGACGACCACCCCACCACUGAUGAACGGCUACGCCGAAUUAGUUGGUACCUCAUCAUAUUCCAUAUAACCGACAAUGCCCUACACCUGAUAAUCGAAUAUACGCACCUUAUCAGAUUUUCCCAAUUCUGUAACCAUGCAAACACCCCAUUCGCUCUAAGCUCGUCGAGGUCCUUCUCGUCAACCCCCCUUUCCUCCCUUCUCCCACUCCCUUCGCUCCCAUCCUAUUCUCCAGAUAGGUUCGCCCCCUGCCCUCUCCCCCCGGUAUUCGUAGGGCGGAACGCGAGGCGCGAUGACGCGCUUCAGACCGUGCAUCGACCUGCACGCGGGGCAGGUCAAGCAGAUCGUCGGCGGCACGCUCGACAGCUCCACCUCGGAGCUCCAGACGAACCACGUCUCGCGCCACCCCGCCGACCACUUCGCCCGCCUGUACCGCGACCGCCGCCUCGAGGGCGCCCACGUCAUCAUGCUGGGCCCCGGCAACCGGGACGCCGCCGCCGCCGCCGUCGCCGCCUGGCCCGGCCACCUCCAGGUCGGCGGCGGCGUCGACGACCAGAACGCCGCCGACUGGAUCCGGCGCGGCGCGAGCAAGGUCAUCGUCACGUCGUUCCUGUUCCCCGGCGGCCGGUUCAGCCAGGCGCGGCUCGACGCCGUGCUGGCGGCGCUCGGCGGGCAGAAGGACCGGCUGGUCGUCGACCUGAGCUGCCGGCGGCGGGGCGACGGCCGCUGGUUCGUCGCCACGAACAAGUGGCAGACCGUCACCGACAUGGAGGUGAACCAGGACUCCAUACGAUCCCUCGAGCCCUACUGCUCCGAGUUCCUCGUCCACGCCGCCGACAACGAGGGCCUGCAGAAGGGCGUCGACGAGAGCCUCGUCGCGAGCCUCGCCGACUGGUGCUCCAUCCCCGUCACCUACGCCGGCGGCGGCAGGAGCCUCGGCGACCUGGAGCUGGUGAAGCGGCUGAGCCGCGGCAGGGUCGACCUCACCAUCGGCAGCGCGCUCGACUGCUUCGGCGGCACCGGCGUCAAGUUCGACGACUGCGUCGCGUGGAACGCGGAACAGGAACAGGAACUGGGGGGGGUAAAGGUGGCGAGCGAGGGAGGCAGCCAUCAAUAGUAGGGGCCCGAUUAUGCUUGUGAAAACAAAAAGAGGGGAAGAAGAAUAGUGAAUAGCAAGGAUGAUUGUAGAAUAUUGAGAGGUUGCUAGCCUUAAGAAUAUCAACUACCUAAGAUUAUGUUUUAUCGGGAGAGCGUGCCUCCGAAAUAUCCCUACCUUCUUCCCCCCCUCUCUCUUCCGCCCUCCAAAAGCUCCCCCACCGAAAUGACGGAGAAUCGACAAUGACGCCGUGCCCGCACGAAUGA